CUCCCCCCUCCCUCUCCCUGCACCAACGAAACUCACGUUGCAAUGUUUUGAUCGUGUCAGACAUUUUCUUUCAAUCAAUUAUGGCGCAAGGUAAAUCUAAAACCAAGGCGCAGUUACCUGCAAAUGUAAAGGCAAAGAAGAAGUUCUCUACGAAGAGCAAAGUCAUUUCUAGAGCGCGCUCAAAUGCUCCCGUUGCUCCAAAACUUACCGGCAAGGCUGUUGAUGCAAUGAAGAUGAAGAAAGCUAUUUCAAAAGGUGUGAGUGAAGCAAUGGAGAACGAAUUAAGAGCGAAGGCUUUUGAUGGUAAAAAGUCACUCCUUUCCAAAAAGGAGAUGGCUGACAAAGCAGAAGCCAGUAAAUAGUUGUUUCUUUCAAUUUAUUACCUUGUAAAUAUAAAUUUCUAUUAAAACCAUGAUGAUAUUUCUCAUUACAAA